AUGGAGAGCCUCCGGUCGCGGCUGAAGUUUGGGAGCAAAGAGGAGGACGUGAAGCUGAGGAAACGUAAAUCCCAGCUUUACUCCAGGGAGGAUGAAAGCCCUCUUAAGGACGGUUCUUUGAGAGCCAAAGUGCUGGCGUUUUGUGUCGUGUUCAGACUGAUCAACUGUGUUCUGGUCCAGACCAGCUUCGUCCCGGAUGAGUACUGGCAGUCCCUGGAGGUGUCCCAUCGGAUGGUCUUUAACUAUGGCUAUCUGACCUGGGAGUGGAAGGCAGGAAUAAGAGGAUUCUUGUAUCCUCUUUUCUUUGCGUUCAUAUACAAGAUACUUCACUUUAUCAACUACGAUUCAGUAUAUCUGCUGAUCUGGCUUCCUCGAGUCGUCCAGGCGCUCCUGGCUGCGUUUGCAGAUGCAAAAUUCUUCUUCCUGAUCCGAACGCUGGAAAACAGCGACGUUGCAAAAUGGACGUUCUUCUGUCACCUGUGUAGCUGGUUCUCGUGGUUCUGCUGCACCCGGACGCUUACCAACAGCACCGAGACCACCCUCACCUGUUUGGCUCUGUUUUACUUUCCUCUGCCGGGCUCCAAAACAUGUAGCAGUAAAAAGUACUUGGCUCUGGUGGCUUUGGCUGUGAUCGUUCGACCCACGGCCCUGAUCCUCUGGUUUCCUCUGCUGAUUUACCAUUUCUGGCAGGAUGAACGCAAACUGAGACUCAUCACUCACGACUACGUUCCUAUCGGGAUGUUGGCGGUUCUUACCUCAGCGCUGGUCGACUGUCUUUUCUAUGAAAAGUGGACUUUGGUGCAGCUCAACUUCCUCAAGUUCAACAUCUUCCACGGCGUGGCCGAUUUCUACGGCUCUCACCCCUGGCACUGGUACCUCUCUCAGGGCUUCGCUGUUGUGAUCGGCCCUCAUCUCCCGUUCUUUCUUCACGGAUGCGCUCUCGCCUUCAGACGAUACAAAAUCCUCCUGGUGGCAGUGGUCUGGACCAUAGGCGUAUACAGUUUUCUCCCUCACAAGGAGUUCAGGUUCAUCUAUCCCGUGCUGCCCCUCUGUAUGGUCUUCUGUGGAACCUCGCUGGCCCAUCUCAAAGCGUGGCGUCGGGCGGCUGCCGUCGCUCUGCUGGUGUCCAAUCUGGUGCUGGCUCUGUACACCGGCCUGAUCCACCAGCGAGGCACCCUGGACGUGAUGAGCCACGUUCGGGCGCUUUGCGAUGUCAGCGACCCGCAGCCUGACAUCCUCUUCCUCAUGCCCUGCCACUCAACGCCCUUCUACAGCCACAUCCACUGCCCACUAAAAAUGAGGUUUCUGGAAUGCCCACCAGAUUUGGGAGAGGAGGGUUAUUUUGAUGAGGCUGAGAGAUUUUUCAACGAGCCUCUUCAGUGGCUCAAGGAUUCAUUUCCGUACAAAUCCUCUCUGCCAACACAUGUGGCGUUGUUUGAUGUUUUGGAAAAGGAAAUCUCUGUGUUUCUUAAAGGGAACAACUUUGUGAGGACAGCAGAGAUAUUUCAUACACAUGUUCCUGAGGGAAGAGUUGGAGGAAGCAUCUUUAUUUAUGAAAGGCACUGA